AUGGCGCCAUCCGUCAUUAAUGACGAUCCUAAUGGUGAUACUGCACUCCAUUAUGCUAUAGCAACGGGAAGUAAAGACGCCAUAGCUGUUCUGUGUAAAGAAACCAACCCUGAAAUUGUCAAUAUAAAGGCUUUCAAUGCCUUACAUUUCGCCUCUUUAAGAGGCCAAGCAAUUGCUGUGGAUAAAAUAUUAGAUGGGCAUAAGUCGCUGGUAAACGCUAAAAUGCCGCAAGGAUUCACAGCUCUACAUAUAGCUGCAGUAAACAACCAUACAGACUGUGCUAAACUUCUGAUUGAAAAGGGAAACGCAGAUGUAAACAGCAAAGACCUGGAUUGCAUCACGCCACUUAUGUUAGCUGCUAGAGAGGGUUGUUUGGAAUGUGUACAGCUUUUUAUUGAAAAAAAAGCCGAUAUCAAUGCUGUUGACAGAAAGAGAAAUAGCCCUCUGCACACCUGUUGUAAUGAGGCAAGCCCUCAUAGUGGCUCUCAACAACAACAAUUUGCUGCUAUGAUGGGUCUAUCAGUAGGCUCUGAUAUCGAGAAGAAAAUCAAAGUAGCGAAGUGUUUGAUAGAAAAUGGCUCUAAGACAGAUCUGAAGAAUGUGAACGACAAAAAGCCUUUAGAGUGUUGUGCAGAUGAAAACAUGAAACGGAGUUUGGCGGAGUUUAUAAAACAAAGACAAGGAGGAAAGUCAACUGGAUCUUCCGACAGUGGAACGACAAGAACUGUUCCUAAUUUUGCAGGGUUACCAUGUAGACGAUGUUUAGGAAAUCCAGCCUGUAUUACCCUUGUACCGUGUGGUCACAAGUGUCUAUGUCGAGAUUGUGCCCUCAAAGCUAAUAGAUGCCCAGUUUGUGAACAGCUCAUAUUCCGGAAACUCGCUACUGGUGGCAACCCAGGAGAGAAUGCUGAAUGUUGUGUUCAGUAACAGAACUAUUGGUUUACCGGGAUACUGGACAUAAAAUUAGAUGUAAAUAUGGUUUAGCUGAUGACAAUACUAGUAUAAUUAGCCAUGUUGUUGCUGCUUGUGACUCGUUUUGCUCUUUAUGCUCAGCUUUGUACCAAUCUGUUGUUUGUUUGCAGAGAUGUAUAGGCUCUUGCCAACCCCUGGUAAUCUAAAUUAAAGCAAUAUGACAGCCUGUUUCGGUUUCGCUAGGCCACAAUAAUUCCUUAUUUUAUCAACAAACAGCUUCUACAUGACACACUUUCAUUUGAUAAAAUACUACCUUUGGAACCGAAUAUUUGUAGAAAACUGCUUAGAUUACAAUGUAGACUAAACAUAUCAUAUAUUUCAGUGUCAAUAAAAAAGAGGACUCGUUUUUUAAACUUCCAAACGCGAAUAAUGAUUUGAAGGCUCAUAUUUCGACGGUAGCCUACGUGUGAACAUAUUACUGAUUGUCUUAGCUUAACAAAAUUUCUGAGACUUACGAGGUACGAUUGUUAAAAACAAUGGCGGAUUUGUCUCUUUAACAUUUCCAAACCUAAUAUUUUUAGAAGAUAUGAUAUUUCUAUAACUGUAUUAGUCUAAUUUGUGUUUUGUGUUAUCUUGUUAUUACUAAAUAUAAUAAAAUUAUGUUAUUGUU